AUGAUUCGAGCCUCGCUCCUCCUCCCCGCUACCGCAAAUCCCACUCACGACGGAAGCACCGCAACCGCAUUCGCGAACGGGCGCGCGCUUUUGCCCGCGCCAGCCGCUGCUUCCGCUUCCGUCGUCGCCUGCGUGGACGCUUCCGCCGUUCCGCGCGCUACGCUGCUGCAGAAAUUGGACGCUGGGGUGAGCGGAGGCGGGUGCUGGGAAGGCAAGAAGGUGCGCGGUGGCGGGCGAGUGGGGCAGGUAGCGUGGAUAAGCGGGGGAUCUUUGGCAUUCCGAAAAGUCACGGGCAGCGGAAUAAUUGGAAUGAUUGACCCUACUGCUGCUAAUAACUGGCUAAAAAGCAGGGGCUUCAAACUGGGUGAAAGAGGUGCUCUUAGCGGGGAAGAUGCUCGCACUAGUUCAAGGGAGUCUUGGCGGUUUGACAUUACCAGCGGUGGUAGCAGGGGGCGUUCCUCCGUUACAGUCACAUGCUCUGCAGGAGGAUCGCCCUCGCUUGUAGCACCACCCGACACAUCAUACUCACCCCGUCAGAUCUCGAUCCUCUUUGCCGCCGGCGGCACGGGCGGCCACGUGUACCCUGCCAUUGCCAUCGCAGACGCCGUUAGAUUCCGCGAACCAACGGCCGAGAUCAACUUUAUCGGAACCAGGGAGCGAAGGGAAUGGACGGCUGUCCCGCGUGCAGGCUACCGGAUCCAUCCAAUCCCAGCCGUCAGUAUCCGUCGGCCGCUCCUCACUACCCUCUCCAACCUCCUCGUACCGUUUCGUUUCCUCCGCGCGUUCUGCCUCUGCCUGCUCUUAAUCUGGCGAUUAAGGCCCAAUGUGGUAGUAGGCACAGGAGGGUACGUGUCCGCGCCGACUUGCCUAGCAGCCGCGAUCUGUCGCAUACCUCUCGUGUUACAAGAGCAGAACGCAUUCGCGGGGAUCGCCAACCGCCUGCUUGGCCGCUUCGCGAGCGUCGUUUUCGUCGCCUUCGCCGUCGCCCAAAGGUUCUUUCCAACCAGGCGCUGCCACGUGGUAGGGAACCCCACGCGUGCGGUGCUGCGAUCUGCGAGGGAAAUGUUGGAAGAAAAGCGGGAAGCAGCGAUUAAUUACUUCUUCCCACGUGUCGCAGCUGACGAUGCUGCUGUAGCAGAAGGAGGAGUAGUAGGAAGCGCGGGGCAAAGAGCAGAGGUGGUGCUGGUGUUGGGGGGCUCGCUGGGAGCACAACCCAUCAACACAGCCGUGGCAGGCGCGCGGCAGCGGGUGCUAGAUGGGUCCGGCGAGGGGCGGGCGGGGGGAGGUGGUGGUGAUAUAGCAGGCGGGAGCACGGCAUGUGGAGGAGAUGAGAGCUCUUCCCAUCGCCGCACAUCCCCGCGUCUCCCUCUUGCCGUGAGGUCUCUUCUCCUGCCUCCCUCUCUCUCUUCUCCCGCGUCCCUCUCUCUCUUCUCCCGUGUCCCUCUCUCUCUUCUCCCGCGUCCCUCUCUCUCUUCUCCAACGUCCCUCUCUCUCUUCUCCCGCGUCAAUCUCUCUCUUCUCCCACGUCAAUGUCUCUCUUCUCCCGCGUCAAUCUCUCUCUUCUCCCGCGUCAAUCUCUCUCUUCUCCCACGUCCCUCUCUCUCUUCUCCAACGUCCCUCUCUCUCUUCUCCCGCGUCCCUCUCUCUCUUCUCCAACGUCCCUCUCUCUCUUCUCCCACGUCCCUCUCUCUCUUCUCCCGCGUCCCUCGCUCGCUCCAACCAUGGCCCCAUUUCAGGCGAGAGAUUUCUAAGAAGCCUCUUUCAUGCUAUGCAGUCUCUUUUCAAACAUGUCUUGCUCCACAACCCCAUUUUCUCCUCUCUCUUGCAUCUGCUUCCGAAUGCCUCUCAAUCCCUCCGUUCCCAAGUCUUCACCCUCUGACAUUCCCCUCCGUUCCCUCACCCCCCUCUUUCCACGCGCCCCCUCCUUUCCCCCACCGUCCCCAUGACCUUUCUUCAACACCGUACCCCAUGGUGGGUCGUGGCAGGUUUGAGGAGCGCAUGGACUUGGCAUAUGCAGCAGCGGAUGUGGUGGUGGCACGUGCCGAUGCCGUCACGUGCGCUGAACUGCUCAUCCCAUCACCUCAUGUGGCGGAGGACCAUCAAACCGUGAAUGCACGAGCCAUGGUGCAAGCAGGGGCGGCUGUGAUGCUGCCUCAGGACCAGCUCUCCCCAGACACUCUCCUCUCUGCUGUCACCUCGCUGCUUGUGGAUGGAGCAAGGAGGGAGAAGAUGAAUGAGUGUGCGGGGGCUGCUGCCACUGCUGAUGCUGCUGACGUCAUGGCCUAG